AUGAAUCCACGCGUGGUGCUUGUGGUGGCCAUCCUGAUGAUCUGCAUUUAUCAGAUAUCAUCAGAUGCUGAAACCGAGGAGAAGCUGCAGGAGCAAUCAAUGGUGGUGGUGAGAGGAGCUAACCGGAGGCUACUUCCGUUGAUGGACUGUGGGGGGCUGUGCAGCGUGAGGUGCGGAUUACACUCGCGGCCGAACCUGUGCAAGAGAGCUUGUGGAACCUGCUGCUUCCGGUGCAAAUGCGUGCCUCCCGGCACUUCCGGAAACCGAGAGCUCUGUGGCACCUGUUAUACCGACAUGACCACUCACGGCAACCGCACCAAGAUGGUCCCCAGAAGAGCCCAACCCAAAUACAUCAAACUCUCGGCCGGCGCCGUUGAAAAGUCUAUUCCAUUCCCAACAAACACAUCUGGUGCGGUGGUGUGGUCCGCGUCGCCCUUUUCUUCUCAUAUACAGUUGUUGUAUAAAUCAUUGCCUCCGUCCACCCCCGGUUGCUUUCGAUUCUACAACGGAAAAAGUGCCCCCUUUUUUUAA